CGGUCGCGUACGGUUGGGUUCGCUUUUUUCGUCGCCUUGUGUUUAGUCAUUUCGACUUUACAACACCGCAAUCACUGUGUGUUGGUGUGUUUUAGUGCCUUACUUGAUCUCGGCCAAUGGACUGAAAUAUGCACUGUUCUUUUGUUAUUAUUCAUGUAACCAUCCAGUGCACGUAAGAAAAUGUUCGAUGCCGCACCCCUCGUGGGACCACGAUAUCCUUAGUGACGAGAUUCGUGAGCUUUUUUUUUAUCAAGUGAUUUCAUCCAGUUUCGCUAAGCCCCACGUUACAUGAGUCAAGCAUUGAUAUUCAAUCAAUUUUGUCCAAUCAACCAGCAGACAAAGUGCGACGACAGCAGCAGCAAAGUGUGAAGCAACAAAUUGUGUUUCGGUAUUUUGGUGUACGCGUGUGUGGGUGUGUGUUAGUUUGGUACCGUCCACUGGAAUGCUUUUUGGAGCUUGUGCAAUUUUCGACCGGUUGUGUGUGUUAGUGCGAGCAGAGCAACGAUCGGUCAAAACAAACAGUGCGACUUCGUUGAUUGGAGCAGGAGGCGCCGCCGCUUUGGGGAACGACGGCCGCGCAUGCCACCACGCCUACUUCGUUGAAUAGUGCAUCGUUGAAAAGAAUCGGCCCGUCAAAACAAUGGGAGACACUCAAGUUCCGAGCACUCCGGUACCCGUUCCUCGACCCCGUCAGCGCACCAACAACAACAACAUCAACAACCCAGCUUCCGCAGUCAAGAUAGAUGACAAAAUCAACAACAACGAAAAGAGUCGCGAUAUCCCGGACGGAACCUCCCUGUACCCGUCGCUGUAUCCCAAACUGGACUACGAAAACUUUGAAAUUAUACACCCACGCAGUCACACGAAAAUUCAGAAUGGAAGUACCGAAGUACCGACCAACGUACGACCGGUUCCGGCACCCCGAAGGUCACGAAUCGUAGUCCACGAAGAAACAGGUGCCGGAGAUGAAUCCAGUCGCUAUCAGAACGUAACUCCUCUGGUGACGGCCGCCGGGGCCAUAAAGAAAAGUCCUAGUCCGGGCAAAAAUCAUCCUGCCAUCAUUACUACGGUUCACAACGAUUUGCGAGGUAGCUCGACGCCACCGACUUCACCCGGAACAUCGAAUACUACGGGGCCGCGUUUCAGUUACGGGAGCGAACGGAAUCCGGACGGUUUGGAUCGUGGCGAAUCCGAUGGGACAUCGAUUGGAAGUGGUGACAGUGGACGGAAGUACAAAACCAGCUCACCCGGAGAUCUUUUCAAAUCGAUUGGUAUGACCUCGAAGCUGCUAACGGAAUCCAUCAGCGAACGAGUGUCACACAAAACCAUGAAGGUCGCCAGCAAGAUAGACAAGAACCUGAAAAGUGUACGCAAAUCGAUCAACAGCAUGACCGAGGACAAACUGUCGAUGUCGCUGGGGCGCAACAAAAGCGUGAAGACGAAACGAAGCAAAAGCACGUCCGCCGAAGACGACGAUUGUCUGGAACGAAGACAAACGGCACCGCCGGAAAACCUAGAUCUGAUGAGAAACAUUCAGUUCAACAGUCCACUGAACAACAGCAGCAACAACAACAACAGGCUCGAUAACCGGGAAGAUCUGACCAAAAUAUCGCCGGCCUCGUCUACGUACGACAUUCCGAAGAGUACGAAGCGGACCAACCACGGUUAUGACGAUUCCCUCAAAUCGAACAGCACCGCUAGCUUAGCUUCGGCGUCCUCCUCGUCUACCAACAAUCCACCACCUCCGGCGGCGGGACUUUUCUCCCGAACUUCCGCACUGAGUCAAAGUCUGUACACAAAAGUUGUGCCGAGAAAAGAUCGAAAUGUGAACUCGGAAACGCCACCUCCCGGGGCUCUGCGAAGCAAAACCAAAAGCGAAUCCAAUCUGUGCGAGUCCAAGUUCUACAUCGAUUCGGUUCGGGAAAUCGAACUCGGAAGCGACUCGGAAGAUGUGGCGGGACCUCCAGCAAUGCCGGCGCCAGUUCUACGAACUAACAAACCAAAACCAAAGGCAACGGAGGAAAGCCCAUACGGAAAACUGAACAUCAUUCCACGUCCUCCCGUGUCCAGCAGCAGUUCCAGCUCCUCCGAGGAAGACAACAAUCCACCGGAAAAGAUGUUGCGAAAAAUGCAGAUUCGAAAGAAAAACUACGAAAAUGUUACCGUCGUCGGUGGUGACUCGUCGGCUCCUCCGGACUCUCGGCGUGCCACUUGCAACUCGCUAAAUCGUAUCUUUUCCCGGCGCACUUCGUCCUUCGAUGAGUUGCGCAACAAUUUGAACCUCCGGUCGGACUCCUGGAAUUUCUACGACGUAGGCGGACGAGACGAGGAAGAGGAGGAGGACGAUAGUUCACGGGUUAGCACACCGGAACCGGCCUACGUCAACGAUGGGCAAAUCUACGGUCAGAUCUAUGAAACGGAAACGGCACUGCUGAUGCCACAGCCACUGUCGAAAGCAGCAGCACCACCGAAAGCGGCACGGCACGAUUACGACGAGGUGUCCAUCUCGGAUAUCAUCGAUGAGUUCGAUCCGUUGUUGUUGAACAAUCAUCGGCCCACCACCACCGGUGACUGUAACGACGAGUUGGCCCUGAUUGAGAACAUACUCGGAGCGGAAUCGUACGGGAUGACACCGAAACCACCCAAGCGAACCGACUCGUUGAUGGAAUCGGAAGAACCGAGCGCUCCGAGCAAAGAAACGCCACCGAUUCCACAGCGGAAAAAGUCCCACAAAAGUCCCCGUCGAACGAUGAUCGUCCAUCAAAAUCUGAAUCUACCGUCGGAUAGCGUUGAAAAUCUGGUGGACGACGCAACCAUCGAACCGUACCUUGCGAUUGUAGAAGAACCGAGUGCCAGCAGUAGUAGUAGUCAGGAACCGGUUGAUCUAAGCUAUCCAUCGUCAUCCAGCGCUCAUGCUCAAGAACCGCAAACCAAUUGGUUUGUGUCGGAGGAGCCGCACAGUUCGGGAAAAUCGGCGGAUCGGUUUCUCAAAACCAGCAAAGUAAAUCCGGUCAACGAAAAGCUAGACAACAAACCGAUGGAAAAAAUUCAAAAAGAACUUCCAUCCGAACUGGCGUGCAUCGCCGAGGAUGACGACACCUAUCUGCCGUCCUAUCUGGAAGCCAUCGGUGGGAACGAACCGUUGCCGGAUCCUUUCGCUGGUCCUACGCCGGCCACGAGUGGCGGAGGUGGAAAACCAAGCGUCAAAUCAAAGUUGUUUAAUGUGUUGAAACGGAAGUCCAGCUUCAAAACGAAAACCGACGUUCGAACGGUACUGGAGAUGGUUCCGAAACCGCCGCUGACCGAGCGAUUCAUCGGUCACCACGGUCACCUGUUGAAGUUCCCGUCCGGUAUGAUCGGCGAUGUGUUCAACGAGUUGGCGCCGCGGUCGGUGGUGCUGAAGGAGAAAAUCAUUCAGACCUAUCAGGACCCACAGAAGAUGCAACCGAAGGAAACGCUACAUCUGAAGUUCAUCCUGAGUUUGCAGUGCGUCGUGCAGCACAAGUUCAACAGUGAAAGUUUGGAUUUGCACUGUUUCGAGGUGGUGUUGGCAUUGCCAAAGAAGGAGGGCGGUUCCACCGCCAACCAACAGCUGGUGACCAAUCCGAAUCUGGUCAUCACCAGCACCAACAGUGGCAACGUGAAAACCUCGCGACAGUCGUACAUAUUCGGAGUGCACAAACGGGUGGACCGAAAUGUUUGGAUGGGGAAAAUUCUCCAAUCGGUCUGCGAUGUUUUCCCCGACGACUGCCUGGCGGAAUUCACCCGUGCCGGUUGGUGUUACAUGAAGAAAUCCGUAUCGUCCGAAUGGAGUGGAGCUUGGAUACUGCUAACCAAACGUCGGCUGUGCUUUCACAACUCUCAGGACAGUCAACUGGAACAGUUGGACCUGCGGAAAGCACGAUGCAUCGGAGCGUUCGAAUCGGAUGAAUCGAUACGGAAUCUACACAUCGAAACCGGUCCGUCACUGUUCAUCGAUUGUCCCCCGUACGCCACACUGUACUUCAUUAUGAGUUCACCACGAGAGACACAGAUCUGGCGGAAGUUACUGAAGGACACGGCCCACAAAAAUGGUACGUCUUUGCACAGUCAACAGCUGACGCGGAACGAUGUCCCGGUGCUGAUCGAUAAGUGCAUCAACUUCAUCUACGCUCACGGAUCGAUGUCCGAGGGGAUAUACAGGAAAUCCGGUUCGGCAAGUCAGGUCACCCGAAUCCUUCAGCUGUUCAAGGAGGAUGCCUUCGCGGUGCAGCUGACCCGUGGCGAGUUCAACGAGUACGACGUGGCCGGUGCGUUGAAGAAGUUUGUUCGUGACAUUCCGAAAUCGUUCCUCGGUAAUUAUUCGAUCAGUUUCGUAAGCAUCACCAGCUUGAAGUCCGCCAAAGAUAAGAUCGAUUCGUACCGGGAGCUUCUGUUGCGUUUGCCCCACGUCGAACAUCAAACGCUGAAGAAACUGGUCGGCCAUUUGAACUUUAUCGCUUCGCUUGAGCUGCACAACAAAAUGGGAAUACCGAAUUUAGCCAUGAUCUGGGGUUCGACGCUGAUGGCCAACUCAAGCCAGAACCAGGAAGCCGAACAGUGGCGCUACUCACAGGACGAAGCCGAUGUGGUGGCCGAUUUGAUCAAGCUGUACAAAAACCUAUUCACGAUCACACCGGAAGAGAUCAAGAAGGAACAGCUGAUGCUGAAGGUUCUGCAGAAGUACCAUGCCGCGGCGGAAAAUCUGUCCGAUUCGGUGAAACAUUCCGGUGAUCUGAAGGUUUGGAUUACGAUCGAUUGUGAUGAACAGGGGCAGCAGCAGCAGCAGCCGGAGGAGGAUAAAACACAGGUCAAUGUGACGAUCACACCGACCAAGACGGCAUCCGACAUCUGUAAGGAGCUGGCCGCGAAGGCAGGCUCCGAAUGGUACAGAUUGACACUGUACGAGGUGAUCGCGGAUGGGGCGCUGAUUCGGCCCAUUCACUAUAGCGAGCGGGCGCUGGAGAUUGUGCUGAGAUGGACCUACUGGGAGGACGCCGACCGUAAAACCAACUUCCUGGCCAUCCGACCCACGACGACGCUGAACGAUGUCUACCGGCACAUCCAGAAGGCACCGAUGCUGACCCCCACGACGGAACUGAAAUUUGCCGAUCGACGCACGAAAACACUUCGCAGUUACAAGCUGCAACUGAUCGGUCGGGAGAUUGUCGUGCUGAAGCGGCUGGAUAAGAAGGACAAGGGAACCUACGAGGAACUGAUGAAGAUCCAUCUGGGGCGAGUACACGCCUACCUCGGUCGAGAAACGAAACGGGACCAGGCACGGCUCCGCUGGGCCAUCACACUGGUGGAGCAUGAUUUCAAGAAACGAUCCCGAGAUGCACCCUUCAUCGGUCAUCUUCUCGGUGGAGUAGAUUUCAGUGAUCAAAUCCUGUGGUAUUCCAGCAUUUUAUACAGUCUGCACAAGGACGACAUUUUGCCAAGUAGCGAUCUAUUUUUCUAGGUUUAGUACAUCGUGUCACCGCGUAAGCCAUCGCCAGCAUAGAUAGCCAAUAUUUACAAAAUGUAUUUUUUUAUUUUACAUUAAGUGCCAAUGUGUAUGUGAAAGAAUUAUGAAAUUAAACUGUUGAUUUCAGUAUUUUUAAA